CGAGCAACAAAGUGGGCUGCAAGAAUAUGUUCUCACAUAUUGGGUUCGCUUUUGAACAUUUAUUAAAAUAAUAAAGUAAAAUGAAGGCAUAACUAACGGUGGAAUGUCGUCAAAAAGAAGAAAGGGGACAGUGAGACUUAGAGGCCAAGGAGUUUUUAAGAUGAUGAUUGCUGGGAAGGAAUGAAUCAGACUUGGGUCUUCGGAAUUCAUUCCCAUUUGUAGUAAUCGAAAUCGAAAGCAAUGGGUGUGCUGUCAAACAAGAGCCACAGGGAUCAACUCAAACCUGGUGAUCAUAUCUAUACAUGGAGAAACGCCUACCUCUAUGCCCAUCACGGUAUAUAUAUCUGUGAGGGAAUGGUUAUCCACUUCACUCGGGCAGCUGAGCGGGAUAUUGGCACAGGAACUGUGUUAGACCGUUUCAUUUUCAGCUCAUCUCCAUCCCAUUCUUCGGAGAAUCGCUGCACGACUUGCGGUUAUCCUUCAGGGCGUGAUGAUGGUGUCAUGUCUUCUUGUCUAGAUUGUUUUCUGUCUGGUGGUGAUCUGUACCUCUUUGAAUAUGGUGUCAGUCCAGCCUUCUUUAUUGCCAAAGCCAGAGGAGGUACCUGUACCCUUGCCUUGUCUGAUCCAUCUGAAGAUGUCCUUCACCGUGCAUUUUACCUUCUCCAGAAUGGUUUUGGCAGCUACAGCGUUUCCAAAAACAAUUGUGAAGACUUUGCAAUUUAUUGCAAAACAGGUUUGCUUGUGAAUAGUAGCAAUGGUUUGGGAAGGAGUGGGCAGGCAUCCUCCAUUUUAUCUGUUGCAAAUGCAAGUGCAAGUGGGCGCUUAUCCUCCAUUUUAUCUGUUGCAAAUGCAAGUGCAAGUGGGCGCUUAUCCUCCAUUUUAUCUGUUGCAAAUGCAAGUGCAAGGCAGGUAUCCUCCAUUUUAUCUGUUGCAAAUGCAAGUGCAAGUGGGCAGGCAUCCUCCAUUUUAUCUGUUGCAAGUGCUAUUGGUUGUUCACCGGCUCGAUAUUUGCUUACUAUGAGUGGUAUGAGUGCUUUCGGUGCUUUCAGUGGUCUGAGUGUUUUCGGUACUGGCAUUUAUUCUCUCCACCGAUUGGCUUAUGACAUUGGAGUCCGCUGUGAUGUUUCAAAAGUACCAGUAGAGAAACUCGAUCGGUUGAUCGGGUUGGCUUAGUCGAGUCGGAGAUUGCAACUGACAUGCUUGAAUAAUCUAUGUGGAAAUAGUAGUUUUAUGGCUUGUUAAAGAAUUGACACGGAUAUCUAUAUUUAUUAUUGUAUCUUUGUAUCAACAUGAUAUAAGUGCAUGUACUUGGGUGUAUUUUUAUUUUA